AUGGCUUCGAAAAUUGUCGUGAUUGGGAGUGUGAACUGUGAGCUGCGUGAAGUGUUCACCAAGCUCGCCAAGUUACACAUCAAGCAGAACUUCUCAAUUGCGAUCAUUGUUGGGGAUCUUUUCGGAGAUUGCUCGACGGAGCAUGAGCUGGACGAGAUCACUGCCCUGUUGCAGGGAAACAUCAGCGUACCCCUACCAACCUACUUUGGGUUAGGCAAUCGACCCCUUCCCACCAGGAUAGUGGAAAGGAUCGAGGCGAACGACGAAGUUUGCCCGAAUCUGUACUUUUUGGGCAAACGGGGUACUCUUAAGACAGCAGAAGGAAUCCGUCUUGUUGCUCUUGGUGGUAACCUCGAGGCAGACAGCAAAGCAACCAAUAAGUUCCAUCCCGGCUACACGGAAUCGGACGCCAGGGCACUUUACGGAGCCCACAGUGCGGACAUCCUGAUCACUCACCAAUGGCCCAAGGGCAUCCGAACCGGUUCCAGUGCGCCGUUACCAGAGGAUGCCAAAGUGCCCGAGGAGGUGCAAUGCAUCGCAGACCUCUGCUCUACCUUGAAACCUCGAUAUCAUCUUUCCUCAUCCGAUGGAUUCUUCUACGAGCGUGAGCCAUUCUUCCACAUGCCAUCAGAGGAUAACCCGGACGCCAAACCCCUCACUCGCUUCAUCAGUCUGGCAUCCUACAGCAAAACAUCCAAACAAAAAUGGAUGUACGCCUUCACGCUGGAUCCCAGGGCCCCGCCACCCCUUACCAUCCCCGUAGGCGCUACUGCAACCCCUCUGGCUCCCAUUCAAGUCAAGCGAAAAGGCCUUCCACCUCAGCGGGAAUCUUACCACCGCUUUGCAGGCAUCGAAGAAGACCACAGCCGGCCGCGCAAGCGCGCCCGAGCCCCUCCCCCAGGGCCAGAGCAAUGCUUCUUCUGCCUCUCCAACCCCAACAUCGCAACCCAUCUCAUCACCUCCAUCGGCAACGAAAGCUACCUCACAACCGCCAAGGGGCCCCUCUCCACCGCCAAAACGUUCCCCUCCCUCAACUUCCCCGGCCACAUCCUCAUCAUCCCAUUCACCCACACCCCCACCCUCUCCAGCAUCAUAGACCAGACAGCCCGCCAAUCAACCUACGCCGAAAUGCAGCGCUACCGCUCCGCCCUGCACGCCAUGCUCCAGCAGCGCAGCAACGGCGCCCUCGGAGCCGUCACCUGGGAAGUCAGCCGCGGAACCGGCAUCCACAUCCACUGGCAAUUCCUGCCCGUCCCCGCCGACCUGAUCAAACGCGGGCUCGUCGACGCCGCCUUCAGAGUCGAGGCCGAGAACCUCAAGUACCCCAAAUUCGAGCGUCCGUCCGCGACCGCCGACCCCAGCAGCGAACCGGGCGAUUUCUUCCGCCUUUGGAUCUGGGAGCCCCCCGCCGCCUCCGCGGUGGAAACUGAGAACCCCGAAGGGUCGGACGGUGCCACCACCAAAGGAACGGAGAACACUCUCCUCCUCCCGCUCGGGGCGGAAUUCCGGUUUGAUAUCCAGUUUGGGCGGCGGGUGAUGGCGAAACUGAUGGAGUUGGAGAACCGGAUGAACUGGAAGGAUGGGGUGCAGCCGCAGGAAGAGGAGGAGGCAGAUGCUGCUGCGUUCAAGGAAGCAUUCAAGGAGUUUGAUUUCUCGUUGCAGGAGUGA